AUGGCCUGCCAUCCGAGACCCGAUUCUAUGAUCCAAUCAUCCCUACUAGGUACCGUUGCAGGAUUCCAGGAACCUCUUCCCCGAGGCCCGGGGCCUACACUAGUGACCAUCGGCAGCAAGCAACCCGCCUUGGCUGCCGUCUAUCGUCAAGACAACCUUGAACCAUUUUUUGUGCCACUGCCUACUGCCUAUAGCGGUAGAGCCUGUAAGUGUAAUGUGGUGUGGUAUUCCCCGUAUAUUGUAGGAAUAGGUAGUGCGAUCCUUGAGCUGGCAGGAUGCUCAACGCUGGAGUCGGUGAAGGGUCGAAUGAGUUCUGGUCCCAUCUCGUCUCUGAAAUGA